AUGUCAGACCCGGCGGAGCCGGUGCGAACACUGAAGUGCGUUUUGGUAGGAGAUGCUGCAGUGGGAAAAACCUCCUUGAUAGUGUCCUAUACUACAAAUGGAUAUCCUCAGACCUAUGUUCCCACAGCAUUUGACAAUUACUCAGUGGUGGUACGAGUGGAUAAAAAACCAGUUCGGUUGCAGUUAUGUGAUACAGCUGGACAGGCUUCUUUCGACACACUUCGCCCGCUCUCAUACCCAGAUGCAGACGUUUUUGUCAUCGUCUACUCUGUCGUCGAUCCUCAAUCCUUCGCUGAGAUAGCGUCGCACUGGUUUCCAGAAAUCAAUCGGGCCAACCCUAUCGCUAAUUUGGUUCUCGUCGGAACACAAGUUGACCUCCGCUGGCAAAACUCAAAAGAUGUGGUAUCAACGACAAAAGGGAGACAACUAGCAAAUCAAAUUGGAGCAGAGUUCUUUGAGUGCUCCGCACUUACACAGCACAAUUUGAAACAGAUGUUCGACUCCGCCAUCCUCGCAGCUCUGGAAGGGAGACGAACCAUCAAAUCUCCUCGGCCUCAGAUGCACACAUCAAAACUCAAACAGAGCUUCCAUCGCAUAAUGAGCAUCACGAGAAAAUUGAUCUGA